CAUUAAUUGCAGGAAGAUUCCAGGCAAAGCAAGCAGGGGCAGGGGCUGGCUACGCCAUGUCAGAGUCACAUUUCUCUCUCUCUCUCUUGCUGUCCUGCCGCACAAAGCAACAUUUCAUUUGUGUUGGUUUUAGGGUUUCAGAGAGAUGAAGAGAUGGGCAAUUAUUAGCAAGUGGACGAGGGGUGCAGUGCAGGCUGUGGGAGAGGACUAACAUGACUUUGUCGGUUGUUCUGCAAAGACUCUUUUUUCAUUACUCCGUUUGAUCAGUACUACAUCUCUUCCUUUAUUACAUUGGAUGGGUGGUAGGAAACACAAUACUUCUUUUUUUUCUUCAUUUUUUAGAAGAUCUCACAGUAGGAGUAUAUAUAAUACUGCUGGGCUAGCUGGUGCAAUAUUUACAGUCUGAGUUUGGUUAGAGUCAGGUAAGAGUCUGGUUUGGGGCCCAUCUGAGCUUCAUCUCAGAGAUUUUUUUUUUUUUUUUGCCUUUUACUUUUACUUCCUUUUAUUUUUCUCUUCUUAGUUAGUCUGAGAUUCUGUUUCUAUUAAAUCAUCAAUUCCAUCAUCAGUCAAUUUACUGUUCAAUCACUUGCUUACGUCUUUGGAGGUAGGAUUCAAAUUAGUGACAUGGGUUGGUGGGUUUAGCACCCAAAACGUCAAGAUCAGAAUAAGAAAGAAAGAGAAUAAUUUGGGUCUGCUUAGUGAUUAUCACUUUGAUUAAGUUUAUAUUAUGUUGUUGGAUCAUGAAUUAGGGUUGACAAGAAUACAGGAAGAUCAUCAAUAACUAACAGAGAAGAUCAUAAAGGAAAAAAAAGGCCAGGGGAGGCUAAGAUCAUGGCUUUACAUCAUAAAUCAGAUUUAAUGGAACUCAGAGGCCAAGAUAAUCUUUCUCAUAAAGUUUCUUCAACCACUGUGGGAGAAAGAAGGGAUCAAACUGGUCAUGGUAAAACAAUCUUCAACCCAUCUCCUGCCCUAGACCACCACCAUCAGAAUCAUCAUCAUCUGUAUCAUCAACCAUCAAAUCCAGAAACACACCAAAAUACAGACAAACCCAGAAGAGAUCCAGACCCGAAUCCAGAUCCGGUUCCAGCUCCAAUUGCAGCCUCCGGUGCAACAAUCAUUAUUAAUAGGGCUGCCGCUGCACCAAAGGUUAGAUAUCGAGAGUGUUUGAAGAACCAUGCUGCCAGCAUGGGCGGGCAUGUUGUGGAUGGUUGCGGAGAAUUCAUGUCAGGCGGAGAGGAGGGUACCCCGGAGGCCUUAAAAUGUGCAGCUUGCGAAUGCCACCGGAAUUUUCAUCGGAAAGAAGUCGAGGGUGAUCACUACGUUUCCAACAGAAAUAACAAUAAUAGUGGUAGAGGAGAUCAAAUAGUACCUCCUCGACAAUAUCCUCCCCCGCCCCCGCCGCCUCAUCUCCACCACCACCACCACAAAUUCCCACAUGGUGUAUCUGCGAGCCCGUCAGCUGGGCAUGUUGUGCCGGUGAUGAUGGCCUUCGGAGCGGCAGCCGCGGAGUAUUCUUCGAGCGAAGAUCUCAAUAUGUUUCGAUCUAACGUUGGUGUGCAAACUUCAGAACAAGCACCGGAAUCGAAGAAGCGGUUUCGGACGAGAUUUAGUCGGGAACAGAAAGAUAAGAUGAUGGAAUUUGCUGACAAGUUAGGGUGGAAGAUCCAGAAGCAUGAUGAGCAACAAGUCCACCACUUCUGCUCAGAAGUGGGCGUAAAGAAGCAGGUUUUCAAGGUAUGGAUGCACAACAAUAAACAAACCAUGAAGAACAAGCAAAUUUAAGUGAAUUUUUAGAUUAAAUCAUGUGCACAGCGAUAUACUGGUAUCACUUUACAAAUUUUUUUUUUUUUUUUUUUAGCAAUUUCUCAUGAGUGACGCUAAACCUAAAUUUUAUCUGUAAUAAUUGUUAAUCUCUCAGAAACAUUAAUUGGUAAAAUCAUGUUGUUGGGUU